UGCCAAGCCUGGCACACAAAGCUGAUUAUGGGGCAUAGAGGUGGAGUUGGAGAAAGUGUCAUUUAGGAGAUUUCUCUACAUCCAGACAGGAAGUUUAUUCUGCAUCCCUUUUUAUUAUUUUUAUUAUUAUUAUUCUGACCAUUGGAAGAAUUUCCUCGGAUGAGAAGAUCAAGGAGGUGACUUUGAUUUCGGUUGCUAUUUUUGGGGAGAAGCCCCCAUUUAUCAGAUGAGCUCUUCUACCCUGCGGAGAUCGUGAGACUGCUAAGGGGGCACUGGGGCACAGUGCUGCAGCGGCUGCGGCUUCGGGUAUAUGUGGAUUGCUGGGUGGGGGGGCAUCAAGGUGCUGACUGUGCAGGCUCAAUCAUGAUGGUCCAUUGCGCUGGCUGCGAAAGGCCCAUCCUGGACCGCUUUCUUCUCAAUGUGCUGGACCGGGCCUGGCAUGUCAAAUGUGUCCAAUGUUGUGACUGCAAAUGUAAUCUCACCGAGAAAUGCUUUUCCAGAGAAGGCAAACUCUACUGCAAGACUGACUUCUUCAGGAGGUUUGGUACAAAGUGUGCAGGGUGCUCCCUAGGAAUCUCCCCCAGUGACCUAGUGAGGAAAGCCAGGAACAAAGUAUUCCACUUGAAUUGUUUUACCUGUAUGGUCUGCAACAAGCAGCUCUCCACCGGGGAGGAACUCUACAUCAUAGACGAGAACAAAUUCGUCUGCAAAGAGGAUUAUGUCAGCAGCACCAGCAGCCUCAAGGAGGGCAGCCUCAACUCAGUAGAUGAUGUGAAUGUAAUCGUCAAGUGUGAAAUGGAUAAUCAAACAGUGCCUGUUUCUUCUUGUACAGACAGAAGUUUGUCUCCAGACCUUCAAGACCCCAUACAAGAUGAAAACAAAGAGACAGAUCACUCUACAUCUUCAGAUAAAGAGACAACCAAUAAUGAAAAUGAGGAGCAGAACUCUGGUACGAAAAGAAGAGGACCAAGGACCACCAUAAAAGCAAAGCAACUAGAGACCCUAAAGGCAGCUUUUGCAGCUACACCCAAACCCACAAGGCACAUUCGUGAGCAAUUAGCUCAAGAAACAGGACUUAAUAUGAGGGUGAUUCAGGUUUGGUUCCAAAACAGGAGGUCCAAGGAGAGAAGAAUGAAACAGCUGAGCGCUUUAGGUGCACGAAGGCAUGCGUUCUUCAGGAGCCCAAGACGAAUGCGCCCAUUAGGAGGAAGGCUGGACGAGUCAGACAUUCUUGCAUCUGGCCCUUACAGCUACUAUGGAGAUUACCAAGGGGAUUAUUAUGGAAGUGGAAAUUAUGACUUUUUCCCUCAUGGGCCUCCAUCCUCUCAGACACAAUCUCCAGCAGAUUCCAGCUACCUACAGAAUUCAGGGCCUGGUUCUACUCCUCUUGGCCCUCUUGAACCACCCUUAGGUGGUCACCACCCUUCAGAAAACCAAAGAUACGCGGACAUGAUAUCUCACCCGGAUACACCCAGCCCGGAGCCCGGCAUGACCGGGUCUUUGCAUCCCAUUUCUGGAGAAGUCUUCAGCAGUGGUCCAAGUCCUCCAUUUUCUAUGUCUAGCAAUAGUGGCUUUAGUGGUCCUCUACCCCAUCAGAACCCUGACAUUAACGAGGGCACAGUAUGGUAAUAAAUAGCAAAUACAUGUACUGUCUUUAUGGACUACAAUCUACAUUCCUUUGAAAGUGAUUUACAAUUUUGAAUUUGAUAGGACAAAGACUCGAUCCUACAAAGGGUAGAAGACAAGAUGUCCAGGAGCACCUUAGCUCCACAACGUGAUUUGCCCUGCUGAGCUCAAAAUAAACAUUUUUUUCUGACAUCUUGGCUCAAGAGAAAACCAAAAGCAAGUUGUAUAAACAAAACCAAAAGCCACCUCCCUGACAGUAAAAGAUGGACUUCCAGCCUGCCUCCUUCUGACUCAUCCAAAGCAUUGGACAACCUACCUGGAUGUGGGAGAUGAUUGGGACCAACAAGACACCAAAACCAAAAUUCACCUUCAUGGCUGCUGUUAAAGAAUAAACUGCCUCCUUAUUUCUGUUUAUUAAAAACCUCUAGUCUGUCUCCUGAAAUAAGACCAAUUCUAUAUUCUAACAUCCACUUGGCAUUUAUGUCUUUCUGAGCCAGGCCCAAAAUAUGCCUAGUAGGAACCGUUUGUACCUAAACUAUCAACACUCAGCCUCAACCCCAAGUCAUAAUCUUUACUCAAGUUUCUUUAGAAAAUUCUAAACCAGAUAAAAACGCAAAAUCUUACCGUGGUCAGUUGGAUAAAAAAAAAAAAAGUACUUUUUUUCUUAUACAUCAACUGUGAUGCUGGGCAGUUAUUUGAAGCAAUAAGACACGUUAGCUGAAAUGCACAUGCUAAUGAGAAGGAUUGGAUUUAGGUAUUGCUCUCACUCCAAGCUUUUGCAUUGAUUAAAUUCUUAGCUGGCAUUAGCAUAGACUGCAUAAGAAAUGGGUGUCAAAUACAUGAACCUUACGUUCUUAUAUUUGGAUGAUAAAAUGCAAGGGAGAGUAUGAAAAAAAAAAAUCUGAAGACUAGUUAUAGAGGUUUAAAGUGGUCUCUUUGAUGUACAUCACAGAAUGGUGUUAGGUUGCCCUCUGGUGGUAACUAUAGGCUUAGUCUCUUGCUCAGUGAUUUUAGCAAUGGCAAGAUGUUACCUAUAUCAGAUAUGCAUCUCAUAAAAGAUGUACACAAAUAUUGCAGGGUUAUUUCUGUUUUUUGUCAAAAUCCCAGUGCUGAAACUUUUAUCUGGGAGACGAGAGGAGGGGGCAGAAGGAAACGCCCCUUUUGCUGUAUUAUAAUUUUAAGAAGCUUAUGGAGCUUCACAUUUACUUAUUUUGUAUAAACAAAUGGAAAAAAUAAAGUAUGUUUUGUGUUUCCUUAUUA